UCAAGCAACGGCAAAAUGUUGUUGUUGCUGUUGUUGUUGUUGAUUUUCACUAAACGAAAGGUCUGGGCUCUAGUUGUCUCUCGUUGGCCUCUUCGUUCUUUCCAAAAUCAUUCCAAAAUGACUGCCAGGCUAAAGAAGACCCGAAAGUUGAGAGGCCACGUUAGCCAUGGCCACGGGCGCGUUGGUAAGCACCGAAAGCAUCCUGGUGGUAGAGGAAAUGCUGGUGGACUCCAUCACCACAGAAUUCUGUUUGACAAAUACCAUCCAGGUUACUUUGGUAAAGUUGGUAUGAGAUAUUUCCACAAAACAAAUAACAAGUAUCACUGCCCAACUGUCAACUUAGAUAAACUAUGGUCACUUGUAAGUGAGCAGACAAGAACUGUUUAUGCAGCUAAAAAAGACAAAUGCCCUGUCAUUGAUGUUAUCCAAGCAGGGUUCUACAAAGUUCUCGGCAAAGGAGUUUUGCCAAAGCAACCCGUCAUUGUCAAGGCUAAAUUCUUCAGUCGGAGGGCAGAAGAAAAAAUUAAAGCAGUUGGAGGAGCUUGUGUACUUGUUGCAUAAUUUUGAUCAUGGUAUAAAAAUGUAAAUGGCA